AUGCACGUCAUGGCUGCCCGAGUCGCCCGACACAUUCUCAAUCACCUCUGGAAGUACUUGCUGCAACAUAAUUCUACAAUGGGUGGUGUGCAUGUGCUACAAGUAUGCAGUAUCGAUCCAACACUAUGGACGAACAAACUGAAAUGCCAAAAAAAAAAAAAAAAGAGAAUAGUAAUCUACAAAUAG